AAAAAAAAUAUGCUCCCUAAUUCGGUCAACUCUCUCCCCUUCCAAAACACUUCUUCCACAGCCUGCCCUAAUUAGAGAAAAGAGGUGACGGCGCCUCCACACUCCCGUAUGCCGCACCCCCUUCUCUCGACGAUUCCGUCGUCUUCCCCGGUGAGCGCUGAAGCUCCGACGCUACCCUCCGUCCAUCGGCUCCCUCUCUCCCUUUCAAAAUUUCUCGCGUUGGGAACGAAAAACCCUAGAUUAGAAUCCCCAAAUUCGAAGUUCCGCCAGACCUCUUCUUCCCACGUCUGCGCGUCAUUCCGGUCAACGACACCGCGCCGCCGGCGUCCCUCAUCGGCAUCUCGCUUUCGAACCUCCUCUCCCUCUCCGCUGAAAACACGAAGAGAGGCUGCAGGGAUUUUUUGGGAGUUUAGGGGCUGCUGCAAGCUGCCCCUUUUUGCUUGUUGCAGCGUUCGGUUGUGGGAGGAGGAGUGCAGGAGUUGCUGCAAUCUGACCUUGCCCCUUUUGACAAGUCCCCUUUUGGCAAGUCCUUUGGUCUUCGUGUUGUCUCCUUCCUCACUUUUGGAAGUGAAGAUUGGGCUGCCUAUGGCCGCUGAUAGCUCUUGGCAACUAGGCUGUACUCACGGGUCUCGAAGAGAGGUGGCUUGGGCUCGUAAAGAAUAGAUUCAAGGCAUUUCCAUUUUGACAUUCUUAUGUAUUAUUUUUUUAAUGCUAAGACAUAGCUUGGAAUGUAACAACAUUGUAUUUUGUUUACCUAGGAAUAAACGAACAUACAUUCAUUCUUA